CAGGUGCCCGACUGCGGUGUGCAACAAACUAUCUUUAGAACAUCUUUGCAAUCAAAACAUUUACACGCAAAAACGACUUGCGUUUGUAUAUGAACAUUUAACAACAUGGCUUGACAAUGUGUGUGAUAGUUGUAAGAACAUCGGAAUGAGUGGAGCGACAUCUUCGGCGGCUAAGACCAGGACAAAAUACAAACUGGUGAUACUGGGUGACGGAGGGGUUGGAAAGAGUGCUCUUGUCAUACAGUUUGCCUACCACAGAUUCCAGGAGUACCACGACCCCACUAUCGAAGAUGCAUAUGAGCACCAGUGCCGUAUCGAUGGUGAGGCAGCACAUCUGGACAUCCUGGACACUGCUGGUCAGCCGGAGUUCACCGCCAUGCGGGAACAGUACAUGAGGAAAGGAGAAGGCUUUGUCAUCUGCUACUCCAUCACCGACCACCGCAGCUUUGAUGAAGUUCUAGCGUACAAGAAACUGAUUGACCGAGUCCGAUGUGACCAGGAUAUUCCCAUUGUGCUUGUUGGUAACAAGUGUGACCUUGAAGAGAGACGCAAGGUUUCCACAGACGAUGGAGCUGCCCUGGCGCGUCAACUCAGGUGUCCGUUCUACGAAACCUCUGCCGUUCUGCGCCAGUGUGUAGACGAUGUCUUUCAUGGACUUGUUCGAGAGAUUCGCAGGAAGGAGAGGGAGGCUACUGAAGCUCAGGCUAAAGUCGACCGCAAGAAAAACAGAUUGCGAAGAAUGCGUUCAUUUUUCCAUAGCUUGAACUUAUUUAAGAAGCGGAGGGCACACCAGUCAUGAAGAACCUUUAUCAAGAAGCUUACAUACGCAAACAUAUGUACUUUCAUACAAAAAAGCAAGAUUGUUUAUUCUUGGAGAUUUGAAUUAUUUUUCUGAAACAAUAUUUAAUUUGAUUAUUUAUUUAGAAAUCAUUUGUUAGGUCAUAUUGAUGUAACUGAAAUGAUAUUUUUUAGCUUGACUGGUCAUUGACCUGAACAUUUUGACAUUUACCAUGUUAACACAUCACUCUGGAUAUCUCCUCCAAACAUUUCCAAACAAUACUCCAGAAACUCGAGUUCAACUUGUACAAAUUCUUUUUAAUUCUGAGUUUUCAUUUGGGCUAAAUGCAAUAGGAAAGAAGGGUUUUCCUGGAGGGUGAGAUGUUAGCCUCAAGGUUAGUGUGGUCAGUUGCCACCCAGAAAACCCAUGUUUUCCUUCACCAUAGAUACAAAAUUGGAAACCCGUUCUUGUGAAAUUGCAGCAAACUACAUUCAUUCUACUCACUCAUUCAUUGACUGUCACGUCAUUCGUUCUGAUUUCAUUGGCUUCUGUGACCUUUCUUGUAGUCAUAUUCCACCAGACCCAGUUGAGCACACUCUCUCCCCACUUGUCUGUCAUACACGUCACGAUAUAACUUACUGUUAAAAGCGGCAUGAAACCUAACUCACUCACUCAUCUGUCAUAUGUGCAGCUUUAUACGGUGUUGAUGUUCUAACUUGGUCUUGGUCAUGCAUGUAUUUGUUGUUAUUUUAGUCAACAUUGUGUAACAAACUUAAUGAAUUCUCUCAAUCUCAUUAAAAUCAGAUCUUAGUUCUCGCUACCGCCAAGAUCUGAGAACAUCCCACUGCGGGUCAUGUCAGAACGACCUUUCAUCUGACCAAUCAGAGCAUCGCUUAUCAGAUCAUGAAAGUGACGGUUGGAAUGUGAUUUUUGAUCGUGCAACCUCGAAAAAAACACACACAGGGUAUUCCGAACGAAGUUAUGGGCUUUAUCUGUAUUCGUACAAUCAAGACCAUCCAUAAGCCAUUCCAGAUUGUUCUUUUGUUCAAUUUUUGAUAUUUUAAUCGGGUGUAUGUCAAUAUAUGUUUCGAAGCAUUGUCGCCAGUUUGAAACUCGUGCUGUAAAGCUCGAUUAAGCUGCCUUCUGAUUGGCUAUUGUCGACUUCUUGUUAGUCAUUCCAUUGAUCAGUCAAUGUUCGCGAAAGGUCGGUCUGACGUGACCAGUAAUUGGAUGUCCUCAGAUCUUUGUUUAGCGGUAGCGAGAAAUAUGAUCUGAUUCUAUUGAGAUUGUGAAUUCCCUGAAUGUGAGAAGAAAAAUUACAUUAAUGCAUUGCUAAUGGAAAAGAAACAAAUUGAAAACUGGACUGACAAUGUAUCUGGUCAACAUUAUUCAUGGGAGCAUAUUCAAAUUUUGUUUUACCUUUUUGCCUCUACAAAUGAAUGAUCACCAUUUUCUCAAUGAGAAUUGAUCCAACCCUCAAUGGGGCACUGUUUCCAGCUGCAUUGGAUCAUUGAUGUGUUGUAUUCCUUGUGGUGCUUGGUGGCGUUAUGCUUGGUAUGUCAGAGUAAAUAAACUUGGAUGCAUGGUAUUAUGUACCAUGUGCCAGGUGUCACUGCAUGUGUAUCAGGGUACAUUAUCAUGUUUGUCACUGUAUAUGUGAGGGUACUUGCUUGAUAAGGUAUGCCAGUGUAUGUAUCAGGGGUGGUAACCCUGCUUACCAUGAUACAUGGUUUGUCUGUUGUUUAACGCCGCACUCAGCAAUAUUCCAGCUAUGUGACAGCAGUCUGUACAUAAUUGAGUUUGAACCAGACAAUCAAGUGAUUGUCAUCAUAAGCAUUGAUCUAUGAAUUUGGGAUACGAUGACAUGCAUCAACCAAGUCAGCAAGCCUGACCACUUGAUCUUGUUAACCACCACUUACAAUAAGUGUGGCUUGCUGAAGACCUGUUUUUACCCAGAUCUUCACGGGUUGAUACAUGGUAGUAGAUACUCUGCAAGUAUCAGGGGAGGUAACCAUGCUUUUUGUGACACAGGGCAAAUAUAGUGCAUGUAUCAGGGGAGGUAACUCUGGAAACAAUGAUACAGGGUAGAUUCACUGAAUCAAGCUCCUCUCAGCGAUAGCCUGUUUGCGGAGCUCUCUAUACUAUCGCUGCCACCAGUCAAAACUCUGCACUGUGAUAGGUGGCCACAACCAUGCUUGGAGGUGAACUCGCAACCGAAUGACCAUUAUGUUUACAAACAAGUGACGACUAUCGUGACUCCAUUUACUGCUGCUAAAUUACUUUCUUUAUUUGUCAAUUUGAAUUUCUAUUUCAUUUAAACUGUCAUGUAAUUAAUAUAGUAUGAAUGGAAGGGAGAUGUUGGUUGAUUUUCUGUUAGUCUGCAAUCUCGAACCAAUUUGAUUAUACAAACAACAAAAUAAAUUCAUAUGGAAAACAUGAUCAGUGGUAAACCUUUUCAAAAUAAAAUAUGAUGGCAUUCCCAAAAACAUAAACAAAAGGAUAAACAUUACUACAUUUUGGGUUAGAGGCCAAAUUUCAAGGUUCUUGUAAUGAUCUCGCCCACACUGGUGGCAGCGAUGUUACUGAGAGUGAAAAACGAAAGUGUCACGCGAUGGGAAGGAGCUUGACGCAGCCUGUAUCAAGGGAGGUAACCCUGGGAACCAGAAUAAAGGGUAGAUACACUGCAUGUAUCAAGGGAGGUAACCAUGACAUAUGCUCUGGUCACCACGACCAAUGUGACAUUGCUGACUAUGGUGUAAGACCCCAUUCACUCAGUAUGAUUGGUAAAUAUACUACUCAAAAGAAGUUAAGGACCACCCGAUUCUUUCACAUUACUGUAGUUAAUCUGGCAUGCUAUGACAAAUUAACUAUGUUAAUAUAUAAGAAUUGGGUGUUCUUUAGCUUCUUAUGAGUAUUAUGAGUAGUAUGAUUUAUUGAACAGUUCAAAAUAUAACAUGUAUAUUCAGUAUGUGUUAUCGAUAAUUACAGAUCUGUUUCAAUGUCUUCAGGAUGUGUUAUCGAUAAUUAUAGAUCUGUUUCGAUGUAUUCAGGAUGUGUUAUCAAUAAUUAUUGAUCUGUUUCAAUUUAUUACUCUUGGAUCUACCCAGAAAAUAUCCUACAGUUCUCCGACAUGUGAAGAUCCGGGGUAGAAUAGGUCUUCAGCAACCCAUGCUUGCUGUAAAAGGCGACUAUGCUUGUCGUAAAAGGCGACUAUGCUUGUCGUAAAAGGCGACUAACAGGAUCGGCUGGUCAGA